AUGGCUCUCUCGCCUACCUCAGUGGAUCCUGGAGCAAGUCCGUCGGCUGUGCGUGUCGCUCUUACUCCCUCGCCCAUCGCCGAUUCUCUUCCCCCCUCGCUGCAGGGCGAAGUUUCUCCGGAGGGAGACUUCAAUGUGGAGCUCACGACUUACACCGUGCCUGCCUGCAACCUGGACGCAACCUGCAAGGGCCAUCUUGUAGAGGGCGAAGUACCUCUGCAAGGCGAUUUCAGCGCGGAGCACAUGAUCUACGGCGUGGCUGACGUGGACGCAGCGCGCAGGGACCACCUGGUGGAGCUGCUGGACAUUGAUCUGACGUGGCGCAUGCACCGCGUGUCAGAUGGGCAGCGGAGGCGAGUGCAGAUCUGCAUGGGGCUGCUGCGGCCCUUCCAGCCGUGCAGUGGACCGGAUGGGAAGCGGAGGCGAGUGCAGAUCUGGAUGGGGCUGCUGCGACCCUUCCAGGGUGGGGGGAGGAGGUCAGUGCAGAUCUGCAUGGGGCUGCUGCGACCCUUUCAGGUGCUGCUUCUGGACGAGGUGACAGUAGACCUAGAUGUUGUCGCCAGGAUGGAUCUCCUCUCUUUCUUCCAAGAAGAAUGUGAAGAGAGAGGAGCUACUGUAGUGUAUGCAACACAUAUAUUUGACGGUCUGGAGUCUUGGGCGAGCCAUCUCGCUUUUGUCUCUUCUGGCAAGUUGCAGCGGCUGGAAUCAGUUGAUCAGUCGACACAACAAUCUGCUGAUAGCCACAAGCCAUCUGCAUUGCAACUACCAUCAUUGCUGGAGAUGGUAGAGCCUUGGCUGAGGGAGGACAAGGCUAAGAGGGAGAAAGAGGUGGAAGAGGCAAAGAAGAGGGGAGAUGUACCUAAAAGAGUGGAUCCAUUCGCUGGUGCUGGUAGGCACAUGGCAUAUUAUCGGUAUGGACCUCUUCCCGGCAGGCACUGCAGCGUGCUGCUUGUUGUGCGCCCUGGCGACCUGCUUUUGCCCGACGAGGAGCAGAUCGGGACCUUCUACCGCCACCUCGACCCCAAGACCUCCUCCAAGCUGCACGAGGAGGAGGCGGCCAACGUUUUGAGGUCGGAGGUCGCCGACACGGGGCUGCUGGCGGUCAACGCGUUCGCGUGGUCAUUGGAGCAUCUGGACGACGUGCAUCGCAGCUACGAUCCGCUCAUCAUCGAGAACCCGAAGCUGGUUGGUUUGAAGGCGCUCCGACUGGAGCUGGUGCACUACGUGGAGAAGGCCGCGUUGAACAUACGGGAGGCGGCGUCGACCGUGGGUCGUGGUGUCGGAACGGGCAUCGCUCUGGGUGGGGAGGCCGAGGAGGCUGCGGCAGGGUCACACUCUGGCGGGCACGGACCCACAGAUGGCGGCGAGGAGGAGCAUGAGAGGGAGGACAAGGAGGGGGGCGGGGAGGAGGAUGGUGGCUCGGACGAGGAGGAGGAGGAUGAGGAGCGUGAGGAUGACGACGUGGUCACCGGCGAAGAGGAGGCAGUACAGUUCGCUGGUGAGAAGGUUGCGGAUAAGAGCAGCGGCAGCGGACCCAAGUCGGGCAAGAAGGCGCGGGGCAGCGGUGGCUCGAUCCCGACUAGGAUGGCGUCGAAGGCGGCCGUUGAGCUUCUGAAGGCGGCGGAGAGGGAGAACAAGAAGCUGAGGGAGGAGAAGGUGGUGGCGGAAAAGAGGCUGGAGUACCAGACGGCCCGGAUGGACACGCUUUUCGGCGUGGUCACCUCAACCGUGAACAAGCUGACGACAGUCGCCGACAGCGUGACCUCUCACGAGCAGACGUUGGGGAGGAGCCUCCAAACGGGGGUGGACGCUAUGAGGGCGGUUGAGCAGGAGGCGGUGAACUAUCGCGGCUCCACCCUAGAAUUCAUGAACCAGAGGUGGCUGCCCACCGUGCAGGCCCUGUACUUGACGGCUACUGCUGCACAGGGUAGGCGACGGGAGGACGACGUCCUGCUGUUGCAAGGUGUGGCAGAUGCUCUUGGCGAGAAGAUCAGAACCGUCGUGUCUGCUGAGGUGAAGGCCGCCAUGGAGAGCGAGGCGCAGGGGAUCGCCGCUGCCGUGACUACGAAAGUCAUCAAAGAGCUUAGGGACGACCUGGUGAAGGUGGUCACCUCCGCGACCCAACAUGGCCUUGGUACUGCCGGGUUUAGCCUCCUCCCAACUGCUCUCGAGUCGGUGAUGCACGGCGGUCGCGAAACCGCCGAGGAGCAUGGGCUGGCGCCAAGGCAGUUGGGGAAAAGGGUCGCUGACAAAAAAUCCCUGACCGGCGAGUAG